CCUGAGUUUAAAUCCGCACCCUGCUUUAUUUUAUCGCAUUCAUUGAAUCUUCCCCGUCUCAGAGCAGCAGCAGCGAGCGUUCACAGCAAUGGCCAAUUACAUUCACGUUCCAGAAGGCGCGCCUAUGGUUCCUAAAUUAGACGUGACUCUAGAUGAGCACGAUUACAGAGCCGGAGCCCUGAAACUCAUCAAGACGCUGAGACCCCACUGGAAACCCUCGGAGGUCAAAAUGAAGUCUUUCACUGACGGCAUCACGAACAAGCUGAUUGGCUGUUACGUCGGCGGGUCCAUGCAGGAUGUGGUCCUGGUUCGGGUCUACGGGAACAAGACAGAACUGUUUGUGGACCGUGAGAACGAAGUGAAGAGCUUCCGUGUCCUGCAGGCGCACCGAUGUGCUCCACGCCUCUACUGCACCUUCAACAACGGCCUGUGCUAUGAGUUCCUGCAGGGAGUGGCCCUGGAGCCCGAGCACAUCCGCAGCCCUGCCAUCUUCAGGCACAUUGCGAGGCAGAUGGCAAAAUACCAUGCCAUACAUGCCCACAAUGGCUGGGUGCCCCAAUCAGACCUCUGGCUGAGGAUAAGCAAGUUCUUUUCUCUUGUUCCUACACACUUUGAUGACCCUGAGAAGGACCAGAGGCUGAACAGUGAGGUGCCCAGCACCGCGUGUCUUAGAGACGAGAUGAUCUGGCUUCAGCAGAACCUUUCUAAACUGGGUUCCCCAGUCGUUCUGUGUCACAACGAUCUGCUCUGUAAGAACAUCAUCUACAACCAACAGGAAGGAAAUGUCAAAUUCAUUGACUACGAAUAUGCUGGGUACAAUUAUCAAGCCUUUGACAUUGGGAAUCACUUCAAUGAAUUUGCAGGUCUGAAUGAGGUGGACUACACCCUGUAUCCUGGGCGAGAGCUCCAGUUGCAGUGGCUCCGGGCCUAUCUGGAGGCCUACGAGGAGUACAAAUCACAGGGCACACAGGUCUCCAACACUGAAGUGGAGGUGCUGUAUGUGCAAGUCAACCGCUUUGCCUUGGCAUCUCAUUUCAUUUGGGGACUGUGGGCAUUGAUCCAAGCUCAGUACUCCACCAUUGACUUUGACUUCUUGGGAUAUGCAGUUCUCCGUUUCAGCCAAUACUUCAAGAUGAAACCAGAGGUGAUGUCACUGCACCUUCCAGAAUAAUCUCUCAGGUCUUGGCUUGCGCUACUCCAGAGAAGGGCUCCCCCUGGUGGACACAAGAACUAGCUGGAGACCUCUUCAGUUUGUAGACUGAACACUGCACUUACUUGUCUGAACACAUCAUUUUAGAUAAGCCCCAAAUCACCUCUGAACUCAAUGCUGGUUUAGCGUUGUAGAAAACCAAGCACCUAAGCCCUCCUCCUCGCUUUUAUGUGGCGGUCGAGAGAGAGGCUCACCCCAGUGCCCUAGUCCAUUUUCAGUGAAGUGAAAUUGCCAAUUGAGGAAGCAAACAACUCGUAUAGAUGGCUUACUCUAGAGCCUCGACUUGCCAAUGUAUGUUAAGAGAAGCCCUGAAGAAUCUCAAAUUAAGAAAAGCUCCCCAGAUACCGAUCCUCCAAGGACAGGGAACCUCUGACAACAAUUAUUAUCUGAAGACAGAGAGGAGGGCCGCUGGGUCUGUUUUCAGCGACUAACUGUCAUCCUAAAGGUCAUUCCUGCUUGUUUACACAACUUUGAAUGGGAGAAAUCAGUGUACUGUAAGAUAAUGUAGGGUUUACUGUAUGGAUAGUCACUGAUUCUGUCUAAACAGUGAACUUUGGGCCUGUCUGUUCCUACGAGGGUUGUUCCUGGCACAGCUGCAUUAAGAUGUGUAAUUUAGGGACCAAUAGAAGCUUCGUUGUUCGUUUCUGGCAGACGAUUCCUCCCUCGUCCUGUCACUGUGAACCACUAUGUAGCGCAUUCAUAAAGUUUCUCAUUGUUUUCUCAGCGUGGUGCUUGGAGAAAGUAGACGCACAGUAGCCGUUUCUACAACGAGCCGGUAGCUAAUCUGAAGCCCACACCAAAGUGCUGAUAUUUCUUGCUUGUACAUUAUGCACAGUGUAUUUUUUCACGGUAGAAAUAACAUGUGGUAAUAUUUACAUUUUGAACGGUGGUUUUUGUACUUAUUUAAAUGGCGCUGUUAAAGAGGUCACUCGUGUGCUUUUUCUGGGAGGUAUCGGUGAAAUUUUUGUAAUGGAUGUAUUUCCUGGAAGCUUUAACGACGGUAUCGCCUGCUGGACGCACUAAAGCUUUUGUAUUCGUAACCCCUGUCCGCAUAGCUAAAUUACAGGCCUUUUUGCACAAACUCUGAUUGCUUUAAGAACAAAAUCAGUCCUCCGUUCACCUUGCAAUGGGCCGCUCUUUCUGCUUAAGACUAGUUUUAAGUGCACAUGGUGGGAGAUUUUUGGUAAUGCUUUUAAUUUUGCAGGGUCCCUG